AAAUGCGAUAGUAAAGACAGAUACGAUGCACCAUCCUUCAGUACCAUCACAAGAAGAACAUAAUGAUUCAAAUUAUUCAUCGUUAUCUUAUUCUUUCACUAAUGUUUCUGUUAGAACUCAUCCAUUACACGCAUUAGGCAACGAUAGUCUACUGAGUUCUAUUCCUUCUUCAUCUUUUGUUGUCACACCUUCGUCUCAUUCAUCUCAAAGAAGAACGAAUCCUUUAUCAAUGCAGCCACAAGACAUAGACGGCUCGUACAAUCAAAGGAAAUGUGAUUCAGUAUCGAGUCAUCAACAAACGACUUCAACUAUCCCGGCCCCAAUAUUUCCAGGACUCGGAAUUGUUUAUUCGGUGAGUGGAUUUGAUGUGAUUGGACUGUUGGCUCGUGUAGCAACAAGACCAAAUCCACAAAUAAAUCUCGGUCCAGUUGAUUUAGAAUGCUCAAUAAUAGUAG